AUGAGGACAGGUCUCCCGAACACCUGCGGAGAUUUACAGAACGUACAAGAUCCGCGUAAAACCGCAGUGAUUGAUAUGGAGCUCUGUCGGCUGGGUGUAUCAUUAUGUGCCUUGCAAGAAACGAGACUGCCUGGUGAGGGAUCCAUUCGUGAAAAAAAUUAUACAUUUUUCUGGAAAGGUAAAGACACUGAAGCCGUUCGCGAGCAUGGUGUUGGCUUUGCGGUAAGAAACGACCUCCUGUCAUCCAUAGAAACACCACACGGUGUGUCGGAGCGUGUUAUGGUGUUGCGUCUAAAUACCAAGUGCGGUUUUAUUACAAUCAUCUCCGCCUACGCUCCAACGUUGAUGGCAACCGAUGAAGCCAAAAGUCAGUUCUACGACCAACUUGAAUCUGUGAUACAGAAAGUAAAACCCCGAGACCGCCUUUACAUCUUGGGUGAUUUAAAUGCUCGCGUCGGCCAAAAUCACAGUGCGUGGCCAGAAUGUAUUGGCACCCAUGGCGUUGGUAAGAUCAACGAGAACGGGCAACGCUUGCUCGAAUUCUCUUCAAGACACUCACUUUGCGUUACCAAUACCUACUUCAAGGGAAAGCCAUCAAGUAAGGUUUCCUGGAGACAUCCACGCUCUGGUCAUUGGCAUCAACUUGACCUAAUACUCACUAGAAAGAGCGACCUGGGCGAAACACUUCACACACGUACCUUUCACAGCGCCGAAUGCGAAACAGACCACUCCCUCGUCGUGGCGUGUAUUGCCGUCGUAAAAAAAAAAGAUCCACUCAUCCAGGCCGUUCGGUAG